AUGCCAAAAGUGAUCCUGUGUCCAGAAAGACAGGUGAAGGACUUGCCAAUAAUUUAUGUGAUUACUCCAACAUACUCAAGACCUGUACAGAAGGCUGAAUUAACGCAAUUUUCUCACACUUUAAUGCUUGUUCCUCACAUUCAUUGGAUUGUAAUUGAAGACUCUGAUCAUAAAACUAACCUUGUUAAAGUUUUUCUUAUGAAGACUGGUAUUUCCUACACACAUCUAGCAGCUUCAACUCCUACUCGAUGGAAGCAAAAGGAACCCAACUGGAAGAAGCAUCGUGGUGUCUUGCAGCGCAAUACAGCACUGGAGUGGAUCCGUAACAAUUUGGCUGCUACUAAUGAAAGUGGUGGUGUCCUCUUCUUUGCUGAUGACGACAACACUUACAGUUUGGAGAUCUUUGAUGAGAUGCGACACACUGAGCGUGUGAGUGUGUGGCCGGUGGGCCUGGUGGGAGGUCUCAUGGUGGAGUGGCCUCUUCUCAACGAGACAGGCCAUGUAGUUGGAUGGAACAGCGUGUGGCGGCCAGACCGUCCCUUCCCAGUCGACAUGGCAGGGUUUGGUGUUAAUCUCAGGUUUUUUCUCAGCAAACCUCAAGCAAAAUUCUCCUACAAUGUGGAAAGAGGAUUUUAAGAAAGUGAACUGUUGAGACAUCUAGUGAAUUCCUGGGAUGAGCUCGAACCCAAAGCACACAGAUGUACAAAGGUGUAUGUGUGGCACACAAGGACAGAAAAACCCGUUCUUAGUGGUGAAGACAGAUUACGGAAAGCGGGUAAACGGUCAGAUGCUGGAAUUGAAGUAUAGAUCUUGGUAGACUGCAGCAAAUGAAUUAACAUAUCAACAUUCCUUCUGUUGUGAAAUCACAGUAUUAAUUUAUAUUGAGGAGUAUGGUAGAAAUAGUUUUUGUGU